GUUGUGAACGGGAUUCUGGAAGUGGUGUGUUUGCAUCAUGUGGUAUCCCGUAGUAACCGGUGUCUGCUGCCCACCCAUCCCAUGCCCUCAGCCGUCCCCGGUCGCGUUCCCUUGUUUGUUGACGUUCUCCUUAACGCACCGUUAGCUUGAGGCACCGGGGGCGAUGCACCGGCUCCUGCGGGACAGUUUGUGCGGUAGCAAGUGAAAGGGACGUCGGGCUAAAAGUAUGAUCGCCUCGCUGUCAAAGGGGAGCUCACUGGAGGACGUUCUUCAUGGGGGUUUUAACGAGCAUCAACUUGCGGCGUACGUUUCCUGGGUCAACUCUCAGCUGAAGAGGAAGCCGGGACUGAAACCCAUUAGUAACCUCAGACUCGAUCUGCAGGAUGGGGUGGUGCUGUCACAUCUCAUAGAGAUAGUCGCUGGGGAGGUGCUGGAGGGAGUACAUCCGUCUCCGCGAGACAAAGAGGAGAGCAGAAAGAAUGUCGAACACGUCCUCCACUUCAUUUCCUCAAAGCACAUACGCAUGCCUCACAUAUCCGCUAAAGACAUAGUGGAUGGUAACCUGAAGUCUCUGAUGAGGAUAAUCCUUGCACUGGCUGCCCACUUCAAACCAUCAGCCAACCACAGGGCCGCGUCCGGAGCAGGGCGGAACUCCAGGCGAGCUCAGUCCAAUCACAACCCUCACUCGGCGGUGGCCCUGGCACAAGGUGCAGCCGCGGCUCUAGCGUCCGCCAGACACGACGCCUCGCUGCCUGUGCGGCACUCACACCUGCGCAGUGGCUUCGGGCUGGAUGAGGAGGGGAGUGUGUGUGUGCGUGCACUCGUCAAGCAGUACGAGAGGGGGGCUCCAGAGGACCCGAAUACAACUCAGCCAAGCAGCCUCAGCUCAAUCAGUCCCCUCGCCUCCCCACGAGCUCCAGACACCAGCCAAUCAGAUGUCAAACACACACAGGACAGCCAAUCUCAGCAGGACAGUGUUCAGUUGUUAAGUACUGGAGGGAAGACAACUUGGGAUGAGGCUGUGGGAGAAUCGUUGGAGAAGGAGAUGGAAGAGGCUCGUAAAAUGGUGUCUGCUCUCCAGGCUCUGUUGCUGAAUGGGGCGCUGCCUGAGGAAGAGGAGCAGGCAACACUGCAGCUGGAGGAAGACGAUGCACAACAACUGGUGGUGGUUCGCAGUCGAUUGGACCAAAGUAUGGAGGAGGUUCGUGUACUUAAGAGGGAGCUACUCUGCUGUAAGCAGGAGAUGAGGAACUUGCAAGGAGUGAAGGAGGCCCAGCAGCAGAGGUUGUGUGUCCAGGAAGCGUCCAUCCUACAGAUGAAACAGGAAGUGCUCAGGUCUGGCAUGGCAAGGGAGGAGCUGGUCAAUCAGAACGCAGAGCUUCAGUGGAAACUAGAAGAAUGCACCAGACUGUGGAGCGAAUGCAAGAAGGAGGUGGGGCAGAAGGACAGAUUAUUGCAACAGCACAAGCAAAAACUGGAAGAGAGCCAAAAGCAGCAUGGUGAGCUGCAGAGAGAGUUGGAGCACAAGACCAGCCUUCUGCAGAGUCUGAGGAGACAGGACAACCAGCAGAUUUCUACGGACUCAGACAACAAUGGCUACUGUCAGACAGGAAGUCCAUCUUCUUCUUGGUCAGGGCAGGCGGAGGAGCUGCAGCUGGUCCGAGACGCGGUGAGGAGCCUGAGGAACAGCUUCAGGGACCAGGACCCCCAACACCACACCCUGGACACCCUGGAGCAGGGGGUCUCCUCACUGAUAGACCGGCUGUCUCACACCACCCAGCAGGGGAGGAGCAAGUCCCCAAGGCACAGAACCACCAGCCCAGAUCAGGACCCCUGGCCCACCAAGAUCAGCCACUCCUUCAGUGGCUCCUCCUCCACUAAAGUCCUUUACUUCACCAACCACUCCCCCACGCCCUCCAUGGUCCACAUCCCGAAGAGGCUGGGGGAGGUGACACUGAAGGAUGUGAAGGAGGCGGUGGACUGCAAGGGGAACCUCAGGUACCACUUCAAGGCCCUGGACCCCGAGUUCGGCACCGUCAAAGAGGAGCUGUUCCUAGAUGGAGCCGUAGUUCCGGGCUGGGAAGGGAAGAUUGUAGCCUGGGUGGAAGAGGACCACGGUGAAGACAGACCCCCCUAGCGUGAGGAGCAGAGUCUGCUCGGUUUGAGGAGCCCGUCGCUCCAACCAGGCAGAGACGAGGACCAGGAAGAGACGCCUCUCCCUGCUCGAGAGCUUCAGGCUCACCGAAAAGUGUUGACUGACGGAGGAACAGACGGACGGACAGACAGACACCUUAAGCCUAGUGCCUUAUCUACUGAAAAAUAUGGUAUUCUGUGGCCCUCUACACUCCGUUCUGCACCGUUCUGCACGGCAGGACUACAAGAAGCCUUUAGUGAUCAGAAUUAAGGUUCCAUAUUAUUGAACACAAAUGAAUUGAAUUCAAGGAGAUUAUCCCCCCCCCCCCCCCCAUCAGGAUCAGAUUAGGAUCUGACCACAGCCUAUAAGAUUAAUUUAGUGUAUUGUUUCAGGGCUUUGGUACAUACGUUGUGCUGAACAUUCCCACCGUCAUGUCACAUGACGACGUGAGGCUGUGGAGGAGCUGUGCCACUAGUUCUUAUUUUGAUGGUCUGGUGGUUCAUGUGUUGGAGUCGCCUUCUAGGUCUCACUCCACACGCCAUACACUAGACUUCUGGUACUUUAGUGGAGCUCAUAUUACAAUGGGUUCAUUGGAAACCUCUCCAACCGCCCCUGGGGAGCUGUCAUACUACUGUGUUGUGUGUAUUGAGGAUAUCGAUGAGUGUGUUUUUGAAGAGUAGAGUCUCUGGGUUCUUGCCUGCUUUAGUAUUUCGUUGCAGUAUUCUACCACCAGCUUGACCAAGGACAGGGGAAGUGGUUUCUUAACGAGCGAGCCUCUGUCAAAGUGGAGAAUAUUUAAUCACAGUGAGUUAGCAGAACUGUUUCCUACACGAGGAGUGUUUCCUACACUUCCUCGUGAUGGUUUAUUGUUAUUCCACUGGUUCUCCAUCUUUCGUUAUCCGAUGGAAAUUUCGAUUUUUUUCUUUGAACAUAGAAUUUAGUUUUACCUUGCCUGAUGAAGAUGUGUGUGUGUGUGUGUGUGUGUGUGUGUGUGUGUGUGUGUGUGUGUGUGUGUGUGUGUGUGUGUGUGUGCACAUGCUAGAAAAGGCCCGGAAGCCUAUCAUAUCUAGAGAUUUUAAUGUAUUUCGCUUGAUUGAAAGACUUCAGAGUGAUAUCUUUUUUGCAACUAUAGAAUAAGGAUAUCGUUUGUUUGAAAUGUUUCACAUCAGGUUGAUUGCACCCUUAGACAUUCACACAAGCACACACACACUACUUUAUUGUAAAUGACGCUGGAUGUGUGAAGAUAAAGCUAGAAGAUGUGUGCAUAGAGACUCAGAGGAUGUAAUGCUUACUGAAUUCGCUGUAUUUUAAAUAUUUUGGUCAAGUACUUUUACGUUUUUCUUCAUCGGGUUGUUUGAGGAGAGAUUUACAUGCUGUUUGUGUGCAACUGCAUGUAGGUCCCAAUUAUGACCGCAAAGCCUCACUGAGCCAUUUUUCUAACAUACAGUGUGUGUGUGUGUGUGUGUGUGUGUGUGUGUGUGUGUGUGUGUGUGUGUGUGUGUGUGUGUGUGUGUGUGUGUGUGUGUGUGUGUGUGUGUACACCCACACACACACACACACACACACACACACACACACACACACACACACACACACACACACACACACACACACACACAAUGUAUGAAAUAAUGCAGUAAAAAUAACAUCCCGUAACAACUGUCUGUUUCUAACAAACAGGUAGAUAGAUUACACUGGAGAUAUACAUGAUGCUGGUGGUCAUAGCCCAUACUUAACAUUCUGAAGAUUGACUUGGUGUCAAAUGUUUCCUUCCCCCGCAACAAUGGAGAAAUGUGUCUUUAGCAUAGAGGAAGCCACCACAUACAUGCCAUAAAUGCCUAUAAGAUUUACGAUUUGCAGGUGAGAUGUUUUUUUCGUUUUUGAUUUCUUUCUUGUUAAAUAUGUGUGAAUACUGGCUCUAUGGUGCCUGAGUCUCCAACAUUAGAUGUUGGCAAUACUUAGUAUUGUGAAAUAAACAAGAUCUUUCUUAUAAAAGGAA